UUUAAGAGAAGCAGAAGCAGAUCUGAACUCAGUUAGGAGUCUUGACAUCACUGUCCUGACUUGCUGCUGGCUGUAGCUGUGAGGCGUUUCCACAGUUAACUUCUUGAUCUCUUCUUUGUUUAGUGAAAACAUGCACUGUUGCUGAUUUUUAUGAUGAUUUAAUUUUUCUUACUCUUUUAGUUCUUAUAGAUAUGGAUCAGUUUUUUUGUUACUUGCUCAUCCACUGACCCACUUCUAUGAUUGUUUUGCAAACUAAAACAAGGAUGAAAAUGAAUUCCACUCAGUUUUUUUAUUUUACUCUUAGUGCCUACAUUGACACUGGUUCGGUAAAGUACUUCUCUUUUCUCAUCGUCCUGUGUCUGUAUGUCCUGAUCGUUGGCUCUAACGUGCUGCUGAUCGUGGUGAUCUGUGUGAAUAAGAGCUUACAUGAACCUAUGUACAUGUUUCUGUGCAGCCUGUUUGUUAAUGAACUGUACGGCAGCACAUCGUUGUUCCCCUUCCUGCUGGUCCAGAUCCUCUCUGAUGUUCACAUUAUUUCUGCUCCACUCUGUUUUCUGCAGAUUUUCUCUUUUUAUACGUAUGGAAGUGUAGAGUUUACCAACUUAGCCGUCAUGUCUUAUGACAGGUAUGUUGCUAUCUGCCAUCCUCUGCAGUAUAACUCAGUGAUGACUUCAGUGAAAAUUGUUUUUCUGGUCUCCAUCACAUGGUUACCCCCUGUUUUAGCAGUUGGUGGCACCAUUGUUUUAAGUUCUUCUCUGCAGCUCUGUGGGAACAUCAUUAAUAAGAUUUUCUGCGGCAAUCACUCCAUCAUUAAACUGGCCUGUGAGGAGCCCAGAGUCAAUAACAUCUAUGAACUUUUUAUGUUUUUUCUCACAGUCUGUGUUCCUGGGUCUGUGAUUCUCUACACCUACAUGAGGAUCCUUAAGGUGUGUUUUUCUGGGUCCAAACAGACCCGGCAGAAAGCUGUCAGUACCUGCACCCCUCACCUCGCUUCAGUUAUCAACUUCUCUUUUGGGGUUUCCUUUGACGUCUUACAGAGUAGAUUUGACAAGAAUAAUGUUCCCAGCAUGUUAAGAAUAUUUUUAUCACUGUAUUUUCUUACUUGUCAGCCAGUUUUUAACACAGUUAUGUAUGGCCUAAACAUGUCCAAACUUCGCAGCCUGUGCAAAAAGCUGGUACAAAAAUUUUCAGCAUAAGGUUUUUUUAAAUUUAUGAUUAAAUGCAUAUUAAACACAAUGUAUAUCUUUGAAUUCAUAUGUGAUUUGAAUUAUUAGUUUCCAUGAAAAUAAUUGCUAGGAAACACAGAAAUCCGAUAGAAAAUAUUUAAAGAAAAUUAUGGAACUUAACCAUUGAUUUUUUUUUAAAUAUAAGUGUAAAUUAUUCACUUUCCUAUUUACAUUUAUAUAUAGAAAACAGUAAGAUUUAAUGUGGAUUAACAACUCUUUCAGAUUUAGAGAAAUGCUGAACAUGAAACAGGCUUGAGGUGCAGAAUUCAUUAAAAAGUUAUCAGACGGUUUCAAUAUUAAGGACAAAGUUAUUUGAAAAGACAUGAACCCAACUCAAUCUUACAAAUUUUGCAAGUAAAACUAGAAUAAAUGUUCAAUAUCUGACCAUCUGCUCAAAAUUGUUCAUACACUUGGAAGAUUUAGUUAUAAAGUAAUGUGUUAUUUGACCAGGAAUUGAUAUUGAUGUGUUGGAGUGGCCCGCUCAGAAUCCUGUUUGAAUCUGACGGCGAAGCUGUGGAGCAACCUGAAGAUGAGGGUGGUGGCAAUGGGCAAGAGGCGGUGCACUCUAUAUAUCUGAAAAGAUGUAUAUCUGGAAUUACUGUAUAUCUUUUCAGGAACAACAU